AUGCAAGUCAGCUAUUAUGGCGGAAAGUAUUCCAUCCAUCGCGCCCUCGCUCUUAAUGAACUCGUGACCACAAUUUCCCUGGAACGAGCUUUGCUAAUCUGUGCGGCAACACCAUUGCCAAUGGUUGCACUUGUCUUUGGUCUGUGGAUUCGAACUGCAGUAAUGGUGGGGAUUUCAACGCACGCCAUCGUGGUCCAAAUGACGUACCUUAUCGACAACUUUACUGUACCCAUGUCACAAAUGCUUCAACUAGUACCAAGUGCUGUCGUCGGAUUGGCCAUGCUAGUGGCCGAGUACUUGGUUUUCCCAAUUCCGUUCUUCGUGUUAUUGGUAAUGCCAGUAUUUUUCAUCCUACUGACAAUUUCACUGCGCGUGAUUCUGGGAGCUCGCGGGAUGCGCCACAUACUAAGUCACCGUAAACAGCUCCUUCAAUGUAUUCGGUUCAUAUGCUCCCAAGCUUCGACUAUUGUGAUUUUUCCAGCGUACGAAAUGUUUUUUGGCGCCAGCCAAGGGACGAAAUAUCAGCUUGUGGCUAUUUUGCUUCUCCCCGUAAUCAAAGUGGUAGCGAAAAAUGUCGUGCUACAUUUUGCAAAGGAUUUGGAAGAUAUGGUGCUCGUCGAGGUAAUUUUCACAGCUGACUUCUUCAACGCUGUUUAUGUGGCUACUUGUAUGCAGAACGCGACCUCUACCACCGCUAUAUUCGCCAUAUCAAUCACGGAUUUAUCACAAACUAUUGUCAUGUUAUAUAAACUCCAGCGACGUACUAUUACUUUUUUGUGGAGACUACGGAAGACACUCGACAACGCAGUCGAGAGCGACGAUAUGCUGGCUCUGAUUUGCUUAUUGUGUCGCAACCCUACAAAUUUUAGGAAACAGUCUCACGCUGGCAUCAGGAAAAAGUCGUGUCUCCCUCACCACAUUUCAAUGGCCAGCAAGAAACUUCUCGAUAGUUUGGACGAUAUCCUGAAAGAUCACGUAAUGAGACCGACAAUUCUUGUAGAAUCUCUGGAAACACUUUUGACGACCGAGUGUCUUUUAAUUACCGCGUAUUUGGAGGCUUUUUUGCCGUUAUUCUACUGCUGUUACCUGCUAGUAAUGACACAACUGCCGAAUGCGAAGUUUCAUACCGAGAUGACUGGUGUGAAUCGCGAAAAUGUUGUCGCCACAAUUCUACCGCUCCUUAUUUUUGGAUUGCUACAGAUCGUGUCAUUUGUACUUCUCGUGGAGGUGAUAAGACGCAAUUGUGGGAUGAGAGCUCUCUACCAGCUGGCAUUUGUGUUGACAACGCAGAGGUCGCUGGUGCUGUGCAAGAUGCUGCUUUGGAUGGUGAUAACGCUAAGCUUUCGGGUGAUUCAUUUCGGCAAGUCUGAUCGUUUGCGCUUGCUGGAUGUAGGUGUUGAUUUCAAGUUUGAAUAUAUCCGACGUGGCUUCCCAAGACUCUGGACCCCAUUGGGUUAG